AUGGAAGGGUCGUCGUCAUGUACGCCGCUCUCAGCCCACUCGAGGAUUGACUUGGCUCCGCCUUCAUUCUCUUGGCCCCAUCAUCACCGUUUCUCCGCCAAAUUCUCUGCAUCCGUUGACUGCCGCCGAAAGAUCCCCUUCCUGUACCCAAAUCGCCCUGUCUCUCUCACUAUAAAUACACCCAGCAUUUCUGCUCCUUUACGUUCCUUUGGUAGCACUUCUUCGUCUUACUCGGGCAUUUUAAUCUCACCCAGAAGGUCCUUCAAUUCUCUUAAUCUAUCAUCAUCUCGAAAGCGAUCUGUGCUAGUAAUAGCGGCGGUGUUCGAACGGUUCACGGAGAGAGCAAUUAAGGCAGUGGUGUUCUCCCAAAGGGAGGCCAAGGCUCUGGGGAAGGACAUGGUGUUUACGCAGCAUCUUUUGCUGGGUUUGAUCGCCGAGAGCCGCGCUCCGGAUGGGUUUCUUUGUUCUGGCAUCACCAUUGACAUGGCUCGCGAUGCGGUUCGCAGCAUUUGGCACAAGGAUCAAAGUAGUGAUCAGAAUUUGGCUACUUCGGAGUUAUUUUCAGCCAGUGAUAUCCCAUUUUCUAUUAGCACAAAGCGGGUGUUUGAAGCAGCAGUUGAGUAUUCAAGGACCAUGGGUUAUAAUUUCAUUGCGCCUGAGCAUAUUGCUAUUGGCCUUUUCACUGUUGAUGACGGCAGUGCAGCUCGUGUCCUCAAGAGGUACGUUGUUGUGCAUUUAUCCUAG